AGCUAAAAUUGUUGCUAAAAACAGUGCACUUUUUUAGUCCAAAGUCAGACAAAACAGCUGUGAGGGAGUGUGUUGUUCGAACGCUGCUUUUUGAGUCGCUAAAAAGAAACGAUCUCGGUACUUGUGGGACAUUUUAAAUAAUGCCCGAUAAGAACUGCUCCGAAAACUCCGAGCAGAAUGAUUGUGUGAUGCCAGUUCGCUCUGCUAAUCCGAUACGCGCUAGAAGUUUGAUCCGAGACAAUUUGGAGAAACAGGCUGGUUGUCUAAAUUUAAUCCACUCCAGAAUGCCGAACAUCAAAGUGUUUUCGGGCACCUCGCAUCCGGAUCUCGCCCAGCGGAUUGUCGAUCGCCUGGGAAUCGAUCUCGGCAAGGUGGUGACCAAGAAGUUUAGCAAUUUGGAGACCUGUGUGGAAAUUGGGGAAUCGGUGCGCGGCGAGGAUGUGUACAUCGUGCAGUCCGGCUCCGGCGAGAUCAACGAUAACUUGAUGGAGCUGCUGAUCAUGAUCAAUGCGUGCAAAAUCGCCUCAGCCUCUCGUGUUACAGCUGUGAUUCCUUGCUUUCCAUAUGCCCGCCAAGACAAAAAAGAUAAGUUGGCGGGCAGUGAUGAUAAUGAGGAAGCUAAGAAGUUAGCCAAGAAAAACUACGAUUGGAAAUUUAGGAGUCGUGCGCCCAUCUCGGCCAAAUUGGUGGCCAACAUGCUGUCCGUGGCUGGAGCCGAUCACAUCAUAACCAUGGAUCUGCAUGCCUCACAGAUUCAGGGCUUCUUCGAUAUACCAGUUGAUAAUCUCUAUGCGGAGCCAGCGGUACUCAAGUGGAUCAAGGAGAACAUUCCCGAGUGGAAGAACUCGAUCAUUGUGUCGCCCGAUGCUGGCGGUGCCAAGCGUGUCACCUCGAUUGCCGAUCGCCUGAAUGUGGAGUUCGCCCUGAUACACAAGGAGCGCAAGAAGGCCAAUGAGGUUGCAUCCAUGGUCCUGGUCGGUGAUGUCAAGGACAAGAUUGCCAUUCUGGUCGAUGAUAUGGCCGAUACAUGCGGCACCAUUGUUCAUGCUGCCGAUCGCCUUGUGGAGGCUGGUGCCACCAAGGUGUAUGCCAUUCUGACGCAUGGCAUUUUCUCGGGUCCCGCGAUUUCGCGGAUUAAUAAUGCUUGUUUCGAGGCUGUGGUGGUGACCAAUACCAUACCACAGGAUGGACAUAUGCGGGAUUGCCCCAAGAUUCAGUGCAUUGAUGUCUCCAUGAUGUUUGCCGAGGCUGUCAGGCGGACACACAACGGCGAGAGUGUCUCGUAUCUCUUCUCAAAUGUUCCAUAUUAAAUCGGCAAAUGUUAAACAAAACAACAAUAACCAGAACACCGAUUAGCAAGCGACCGCAGCUGACGCAACUUUAACAGAGCAAAUUUAUAAUGCAACAAAAAAAACAAAAACAAACAACAAACAAAACCAACAAUUUGAAAACAUAUAUUUUGCCAUCAUUAUCAUCGUUAUAUAUUUUUUAUGGAUUAACCUAUUGUAAUUGUAAUUAAAAAGCAAACGCAAAACUCAGUAAAUGGGAGAAAUCGUCAUAAUUGUAAUUAUAAUAAAUAGGAAUCUAAAGAUUUACACUAAACAACACACUCAACAUAACAAAAGUACACUAA